AAUUACAUUAACUCCGUUACUAUUACUUCUUCCUCUUUCUUUCUUCUUCUCUUUUUUUUCCUCUCUCUUCUCCAUCAUCGUGUUCUCUGGAGAACCCAGGUCUGGGUUCUCCAGAGAACCCGUUCGGUCCCAAGUACAGUCUUUUCCUUUUCUCUCUCCUUUCCUUUCUCCCUCUUAUUGUUUCGAUUGAUGUUCUCUCUCUUUCAGAUAUGGAGUUGGGUUUGAAAUGUUAGAAAUUUUGGGAGUUUUUUGGGAGAGAGAAAACAAAUGGAACUUGAGAUGUUGGAGAAAUUCAACAACUUGAAAAUUUUUAUUGUUGCUGUAAUGAAAUUUUAAUCAUGGCCAUUCGUUCUGCAGACCCACACCUUCAACUUCCCUUUUUUUAUUUUAUCUUCUUUUACUUGUUGCAACGAGAUCAACUUUGACAUUGCAACGAGAUCAAGCCAACGGCAACGAAAUCCAGCAAGCAACUAUGAGCGGUAGCGAGAAACAUCCAGCGACCAUAAUCGACGACAAGAAGCAACCAGUCCGCGCCAGAUCCACAUCGCCAACGGCUCAAGACAGAGCCGCAACCACAAAGACGGCACCCACAAAUCUGGUUUCCAUCUUCAAAAACAAGAACCUUCAAGAAGAAAUUAAACAAAUUUUGAAAUAGUUUCUCAACUUUGCCCGGCAAGAGCAAGUCUUGUCCCAACUCAACAAGUGGAAGAACCUGUUACCAAAGAUCAGAGCCAUUCUCGAUGACGCAGAAGAUAAGCAAGGAGGGUUGCAGUUUGUCGCUAAGGAGGGUUGCCAUUCCAAGGUCGACGUAAAUUCGCUGCAACUGAGGCUAAGGGAGGAGCUUUCUGGAAAGAAGUUUUUGAUUGUUUUAGAUGAUGUUUGGAAUGAGAACUAUGAAAGUUGGGAUGUUCUACGUAGAUCCCUCUUGGCUGGAGCAGCUGGUAGCAAAACUCGAAAGGGUUGCAUCUAUCAUGACAACAUGUGGAGUAUACCAUUUGCAGGCCUUGUCUGAUGAUGCUUGCCUUUCACUGUUUGCCAGACAUGCUCUUCGAGCU